AUGUUUAAUAUCUUCAUCCAGGGGCCUCCCGGUCCGCCAGGUUCAGUUGGCGUCAAUGGUAAAGUUGGAUUCAAGGUAUAUUUAUCGUUGUUUAACCAUCUUAUUAGUUUAGUACCACGACUACGCUAUAAAUCUCUCUCGUCAUUCUUUAUCCUUUAAUUAUUAACCCAUUGAGCGCUAGCACUCUCCGCUUGAUGAGCAAAAUCGUCUUUCGUAUGACAGUAAAAUAACAAAAUAGUGUGUAUCAGGGCGCAAUGCAACUCAAUGAGUUAACUAGACACAUGAGCAGAUAGUCUGAUUAACCAUUGAGUGCCAGCGCUCACCUCGUUCACGAGUAAAAUCGUCGUGGACGAGUGAAAUCGUAAACAGAGUAAAAUAACAAAAUAGGACGCAAUGCAAAACAAUUCCUGAUCUCAAACAAGAAAAAGGACUGUUCCUGAAAAGGACAAAAAAGGCUGUUCCUGUUUCUAUUUCUUGAGAAGCUGCCUUUUCCGGAUCGCAAAAUAGCUAAACAGCGUGCGAGAUUUCCCAACUCGUAUAUGACACUAAUUUCGUAUUCCAUUCUUUGCAUCUAAAUUAUUUCGUAGGGUAUGCCUGGUGAUUUCGGUAUUCAGGGGGAUCAAGGACCUCCAGGAAUUAUUGGUGUAAUUGGUUACGCCGGACCUCCAGGAGAGAAGGGAACUAGGGGCGAGAAAGUAAGUCACACUUUUGUCAGAAUACCUUAGCUCGUAUCCAAGAAUGAUUAUAUACCGAGUCCACAAAACAUACUGUUUCCCUGGGUCAUAGUCAAUCAGUGUUAUUUGUCUGACACGAAACAUCAAUCCUAGUACCAAGCAGUUGGAGAUUCGAUUCAGGCUAAUUUAGGUAUUUAACUCAGCCAAUGCUCGUGAGGUUAUAUUCAAACUAGAUUCUCUGAUCAGAUAAAUGAUUGCAUGAAUUGAGGUGAAAGUUAUGUUUUCAUUUAAUUUGUUUCUUUCAAAACAAAUUUGUUUGUUUCAUUUCUUAUGUCUUAAUCGAUAAGAUUACCAGGGGUAAUCUUAUCGAUUAAGACAUAAGAGAGUAUUUUAUGUUUAGGGUGAUGGUGGAUCAGAUGGUGAGGUUGGACUGGGUGGACCACGAGGGCUUCGGGUAAGACUAAUGAUUAAAAACCAAUACCAGCUGCCAAUGUCAAAAAGUGAAAAACAAAAUACAAUCCGAAGAUUAGUAUCUUGAACCUCAAGAUGGGAGUCAAAACAAGAUGAGAAUGAGUUUGUGAUAUUUCGAUUUCAUUUCAAGAUCAUCAUCAGACUAACUGAAGUUACAUAUAUACAAGAUGUGGAUUGAAAAAUGUGAUCGCAUUUCUUUGUCUCUCUCAGUCCCUUGUCUCUCUCAGUCCCUUGUCUCUCUCAGUUCCUUGUCUCUCUCAGUUCCUUGUCUCUCUCAGUCCCUUGUCUCUCUCAGUCCCUUGUCUCUCUCAGUUCCAUGUCUCUCUCAGUUCCUUGUCUCUCUCAGUUCCUUGUCUCUCUCAGUCCCUUGUCUCUCUCAGUCCCUUGUCUCUCUCAGUCCCAUGUCUCUCUCAGUCCCUUGUCUCUCUCAGUCCCUUG